ACGCUGCUGUGAGUGGCCGACCAAUUGCGGAGCGUCGCACCCGGAUAUGAUUGUUGGUUCUAAAAUCGAUUUCUGUGAAAGUGAGGGGCUCCCCACGUGGGCAGCGGCUGCGCGCGCGGGGUGGAUGGGGAGAGUGUGUUAGGUUCAGUGUCUCGCGCGUACGCUUGGCAUGUAAAGGUCACUCUUUUGGGUUUUUGCGUGGCAGAAAAAUCAACGAGGCUGCUCGUCUGUGGGAAGAAACCCCACUGAGGUGUCCCGGAGCCAGCGUGGGGGAAAGCCCCUCCGAUGGUACCGCCCUUACAGGGGGUGGGACGGUCCUGAGGACGCAGCUGCGGUGUGGGAAUAUGAAUCUCUUACCUAAGAGCUCCAAGGAGUUUGGCUCCGUUGACUAUUGGGAGAAGUUCUUCCAGCAGCGCGGAAAGAAAGCUUUCGAAUGGUACGGAACUUACCUGGAACUGUGCGAGGUGCUGCACAAAUACAUCAAGCCCCGGGAAAAGGUGCUGGUGAUUGGGUGCGGUAACUCGGAGCUCAGCGAGCAGCUCUAUGACGUGGGCUAUCAGGACGUCGUGAACAUCGACAUCAGUGAGGUCGUCAUCAAGCAGAUGAAGGAGCGCAAUGCCACCCGACGGCCCCAGAUGAGCUUCUUGAAGAUGGACAUGACACAGAUGGAGUUUCCCGACGCCUCGUUCCAGGUGGUGCUGGACAAGGGCACCCUGGAUGCCGUCCUGACGGACGAGGAGGAGAAGACCCUGCGGCAGGUGGACAGGAUGCUGGCUGAGGUUGGCCGUGUCCUGCAGGUGGGCGGUCGCUACCUCUGCAUCUCCCUGGCUCAGGCUCACGUCCUGAAGAAAGCAGUGGGUCACUUCUCUCGGGAGGGGUGGAUGGUCAGGGUGCAUCAGGUGGCCAGCAGCCAGGACCAGGUGUCGGACACAGAGCCUCGGUUCCCCCUGCCUGUCUUUGCCUUCAUCAUGACCAAGUUCAGGCCAGUCCCUGGCUCUGCCCUUCAGAUCUUUGAGCUGUGCGCUCAGGAGCAGGGCAAGCCUGUGCGGCUGGAGAGUGCCGAGCGGCUGGCCGAGGCGGUGCGGGAGCGUCAGCAGUAUGCCUGGCUCCGCAGCCAGCUGCACCGCAAGGCCGGGCUGGGGAGUGUGUCCCUGGACUUGUGCAAUGGGGACACGGGGGAGCCGCGCUACACCCUGCACGUGGUGGACAGCCCCACUGUGAAACCAUCGCGGGACAAUCAUUUUGCCAUUUUCAUCAUCCCCCAGGGUCGGGAGACUGAGUGGCUCUUUGGCAUGGAGGAUGGCCGGAAGCAGCUGGCGGCCAGCGCCGGCUUCAGGAGGCUCAUCACGGUGGCCCUGCACCGAGGCCAGCAGUACGAAAACAUGGAGAGCAUCCAGGCCGAGCUGUCGGCCAGAGUCAUGGAGCUGGCCCCGGCCGGGAUGCCCGCCCAGCAGCAGGUGCCCUUCCUGUCUGUGGGCGGGGACCUCGGGGAGCGGACCGUGCGGCACCGGGACUGCAGCCCCCUGAGCGGCGACUACGUCAUCGAGGACGUGCAGGGGGACGACCGGCGCUACUUCCGGCGGCUCGUCUUCCUCAGCAGCAGGAACGUGGUGCAAUCGGAGGCCAGGCUGCUGACGGACGUGUCUCACAGAGCCCAGAAGAAACGGAAGAAAGACAGGCGGAAGCAGCGGCCCGCUGGGACCCCGGAGGAGCCCCCUGCCGUCCCGGAGCAGGCCAUCGACAAGGGCUACCUGUGCUGCGAGCACCACAAGGCCAUGGUGGCCGGCCUGGCCCUGCUGCGGAGCCCCGAGCUGCUCCUAGAGACCCCACUGGCAGUGCUGGUGGUAGGCCUGGGCGGGGGCAGCCUCCCCCUCUUUGUCCACGACCAUUUCCCGAAGGCCCACGUCGAGGCCGUGGAGAUCGACCCCUGCAUGUUGGAGGUGGCCACCCGGUGGUUUGGCUUCUCGCAGAGCGACCGGAUGAAGGUCCACAUCGCGGAUGGCCUGGACUACAUUGCCAGCCUGGCGGAGGGAGAAGCACGGCCUCCCUACGACGUCAUCAUGUUCGACGUGGACAGUAAGGACCCCACCCUGGGGAUGAGCUGCCCACCCCCCGCGUUCGUGGACCAGCCCUUCCUGCAAAGAGUCAGGCGCAUCCUGACUCCCGAAGGUGUCUUCAUCCUCAACCUUGUGUGCCGGGACCUGGGGCUCAAGGACGCGGUGCUGGGUGGGCUGAAGGCCGUGUUCCCCCUCCUGUACAUGCGGCGCAUCGAGGGGGAAGUGAACGAGAUUCUCUUCUGCCAGCUGCGCCCCGAGCAGCCACUUGCCACGCCGGAGCUCCUGGAGAAGGCCCGGGCCUUGGAGCAGGCCCUGCGGAAGCCAGGCGGGGGCUGGGACGACACCUGCGUCCUGUCCGACAUGCUCCAGACGGUGCAGCUGGUGUGACUGCCGGCCGCUCGGCCCCCGCCAGCCCAGCCUGGGGCCCCGGCCUGCCGCAGACGAAGGAACGGGACGCACAAUGCUUUCUGAGUCCUGUUUUUCUUGGUUUCACACUCCACUGCAUGUGGCCUCCGGCCUGGUGAGGCUGCCUGAGGAGUUGGGAAAAUAAACGUGUGUUUCCCGUCC